ACUGAAUUACAGCCUCAGCCCCCAAAGGGUAGGAUCUCCCAUCCAGGCACUGACCACACCAAGAACCGCUUAGCUCGCUUCAGCUCGGGCGGCUGUAUUGUGUGCUCUUGGACCAUGAAUACGACGGAGAUUCACAGACCACUUUUCAACCAGAGUCCCCAAAGUGGUUUAUAGAUAUCAAUAAAUAGAAUGGCUCCCUGUCCCCAAAGGGCUCACAAUUGAAAAAAGAAACAAGACAGACCCCAGCAACAGCCACUGGAGGGAUGCUGUGCUGGGGAUGGAGAGGGCCAGUUGCUCUCCCCUUGCUAAACAAAGAGCAUCUCCACUUAAAAAAGGUGCCUCUUUGAUCCUUUUAUAUGGCUACCUCAAACAGGGAUUCCCAGAUGUUGUUGACUACAACUCCUAGCAUCCCCAGCUGUCAGAGCCUUUGCUUGGGGAUUAUGGGAGUUGUACUGGGGAAAUGCUUGACUCACAAGCAGAAGGUUGCCAGUUCGAAUCCCCACUGGUAUGUUUCCCAGACUAUGAGAAACACCUACAUAUGGGCAGCAGUGAUAGAGGAAGAUGCUGAAAGGCAUCAUCAUCUCAUACUGCGUGGGAGGAGGCCAUGGUCAACCCCUCCUGUAUCCUACCAAAAGACAACCACAGUGCUCUGUGUGCGCCAGGAGUUGAAAUUAACUUGACGGCACGCUUCACCAUACCUAGUCAGCCACAUGGGGUGAUCCCUGUUAGAGGAAACACUCUGCCCCAUCCAAACGGGGUCCCAUUGGUGGACCCAUCUUCCUCAGCGUGGGGUUUCACCUGGGACCUUGUGCCUUCGGAGCCCCGGAGCACCGGCCCCUCCCAGUGGCCGCAGGGUCCGAGGCGAGAGAACUCCAAGCCCCAAGGUUCCAUGGCUGUUGGGCAAGGUUCAGGGACGCCAACCCCCAGCUUCCCGGAGCGGCUGGGCAUGGGGCCAUGGAAAGCGACUCAUCCCUGUCAGAAGACGACAGCGACAGCAGCCAGUCAGAAUGGCUUCAGUUUUCAGUGACAAUUGGGAGAUUUGCUGUGGUCAGCGAGAGCGAGGAGAGGAGAGAGACCGAGGAGAGAGACCCCCCGGCCUCAAGGUUCCAGGCCUGUUGCAUCAGGGUCAGAGAAGGCUGCCCCCAACCCCCAGGAGAAUCUGGGCGCGGGGACUUGGAACAUGAUGCGUCUCUGUCAGAAGAACGUAGCGAGAUCGAGCAGGCAGGACAGCCGCAGAUGGAGCCCGGUCACCAUGGCCAUCUGGAUCAAGGCCCCUCCUCCCCAAUCGGCGCCCAGCCCGUUUCGCCUCGGGGCAGCAUCACAGGCCUGGCAUCACUGGGGGCGUUUUCUCCUGUUGCCCACCCAUUCCACCCCGAUGGGACUGCCCGGUACCAGGCCGAGGGAUCCAAUACAUCCGUCGGUGCUGCAUUUGCUGGUGGGAAUCUGCCUCGCGGGGCCAGGCCCGAUGCUCUCUUUGACGUUUUCCACGCCCGCUCCCAGCCGGAGGGCUCUCGCCACGCAGGAGCCGAGGAGCGGGCCCUCAGUAGACCAAACCAGCCCCUCUCUCUGGAGAUCAACAGAGCUCAGUCGGAGAGCUCGGGCGGGGUCCAGUUGUUUGCCGUCCCGAGUUUACGGUCUCCCGUCGAAGUGCGCCCGUUGUCCCCAGCGUCGGGCAGCUCCUCUUCCCUAUCCAGCGCGUCGCCUUCGAUGAAACUCAGCCAGUCGCCCAGUAGGGGCAUGAUCCCCGAACUGUGCGCCUUGGACCCAGUGACCUCGGGCAUCCUGGCCACUGUGGAACUGAAGGACAGUCUUCCGAAGGCCGAAUCCAGCGACCACAUCUGCCUGAGCCGGUCCGGGCCACCCCACAGACCCAUGUCCCUCCCGAAAGCUGUCUCCAGCGAGUACAUCUCAGGCGGAAGAGCCCUCUCUUCGAAACCCUCCCUCCUGACCAAAGCUGAAUCGGAGGAGCUCGUCUCGUAUGGAAGGGUCGGGCAUUCCCCCAAAUCGCAGGACUCGGGCGGCAACAUGAAUGCCAAAGAGAGCUUUCUGGUGAGGUUCAGCAGGCCACAGAGCAAGCAGGAGCAGGAGUUCCGCAUCACGGUGGUCACCUGGAACGUUGGCACAGCCAUGCCUCCCAGUGACGUGACAUCCCUUUUGCACCUCAACACAGGAGAUUCCAACGACACGGAUAUGAUUGCCAUUGGGCUGCAGGAGGUCAACUCCAUGAUCAACAAACGGCUGAAGGAUGCCCUCUUCACCGACCAGUGGAGCGAAGUGUUCAUGGAUGUUCUGAGCCCCUUUAACUUUGUACUGGUCAGCACAGUCCGGAUGCAAGGGGUCAUUCUGAUGGUCUUUGCCAAGUACUAUCACCUGCCUUUCCUCCAGGAUAUCCAGACAGACUGCACCAGGACGGGAUUGGGUGGAUACUGGGGCAACAAGGGUGGGGUGAGUGUGCGCCUCUCCGUCUUUGGGCACAUGCUGUGCUUCCUCAACUGCCACCUGCCGGCGCACAUGGAGAAGUCUGAGCAGCGCAAGGAGGACUUCACCACCAUCCUGAACCUGCAGCAGUUUGAAGGUCCGUCCGCCAAUGGGAUCCUGGACCACGACGUCGUCUUCUGGUUUGGGGAUCUUAACUUCCGCAUUGAGAGCCUGGACAUCCGCUUUGUGAAAUACGCCAUUGACAACAACAUCCUCCAUCAGCUCUGGGAGAAGGACCAGCUGAACAUCGCCAAGAGCACAUGGCCCAUCCUAAAAGGCUUCCAGGAGGGCUUGCUGAACUUCCCCCCAACCUUCAAGUUUGAUGUGGGGACCAACAUGUACGACACCAGCGCCAAGAAGCGGAAGCCGGCUUGGACGGACCGGAUCCUGUGGAAGAUCAAAGGCUCUGGGGUCCCGACACACCCCGGGAGGCCCGGUGGUGGUGGGGUGUCGGUGACCCAGCUCUGCUACCGUAGCCACAUGGAGUACACCGUGAGUGACCACAAGCCUGUCGUCUCCAUCUUUGCUCUGCUGUUUUCUUCCAGGGCAGAUGUGCCACUGGUAGAGCUUCAAGUGGCUGACGAGUGGACAAAAAUAGAGCAGGCUGUCGUCCGGUAUAAGAUCUCCGUGAGUUACCACCGCAGCUCCUGGGACUGGAUCGCCCUGUACCGAGUGGGCUUCCGGCAUUACAAAGACUACGUUGCCUAUGUGUGGGCCAAGCAGGAGGAUACAGAGAGCAAUAUUUAUCAGUUAAUGAUUCCAGAGGAGUCUCUGCCCAAAGGAAAAGGCGAAUAUAUCCUGGGCUACUAUAGCAACAGCUACAACAGUAUGGUGGGUGUGACGGAGCCCUUCCAGAUUUCACUGCCCAACCUGGAGCAGGUCAGCAGCCCCACGGACAGCUCGACGGCGACCUCCGAAGAAGAGGACGACAGCACCAUGGUCCUCCUGGGCCCCAAGUCCCGCAGCCCCAGUCCCGGAAAGCUGAAGCGCCAUCGGAGCCGCAGCCCCGGCUUGGCCAAAUUCCAGGGCCUGAUCCUGCGGUCGCCGAGCCGGGAACAGGGCCCCAGCCGCAGCCCUUCCCCGCAGGGACGCCGUGGUAGCAGCCUCCUGAAGGGGGAGAUCCCCAGCAUCCAGUUUUCAAAGGACAGCCCCCGGCACCGCUCCAAGUCACGGGAGCUGAGCCAGAGCCGGGAGAGCCGGGCCAGCUCCCGGCUGCAGGUGGCCUGGCGCUUCGACGAGAACCCCCUGGCCCGGGCGGACCCCCGUAAUUUGGGGCUGCUGCCGGCGGUGCGCUUGGAGACCCUCGACCAAGUGAUGGGCCAUCGGCGGGAGAGCGCUGACCAGGGCCUGCCUCCCCGCAGGAUGAGUCCCACCAGCCCGACAGCGGGACUCAGUGCCCUCUUCAGCACCUCUCCCCAGGAGGGGGGAUUGCAGGAGCCCCCGGGUCAUGACAACCACAGCCGGGAUGUGGGGCACUGAUGCCGGGAGCCGGGCUGGCUGCUGUGGGGCCCAUUCUCAAGCCAUCUUGUGCCGUGUUUCUCUCCCCCGUGUCUCCACCUGCCGGUGCUCGGCUCUGUGUGACUUCUGUCUCUCCUGGUGUGCCGGAAGGCCCUUCUCUCCGGAGGGGGCUGUCCACUGUGAGUCCUUGCCUCCGUCUGCCUGAGGAUCAACCCUGCCCCACCCGGGGGGUGAAUAUCACGAGCAAACGGCCAUGUGCCCCCUUGGCCAUUUUUGCCCCCGGGUCAGCCAUGCAACCCCCAGAUCCACAUUCUGACCUCAUUUGGUAGGGUACCCUUCAGUGUUAGACCCACCUCGGAUCCAGGAUGGCACCCUCUGCCUGUCCUUUGGGUCCCACCUGUGCUGUAGGGGGCAGUAACUUUUCCCGCCCCAGCCUAGGGCCCAGUGAGAGGGUUUCCCAAUUCAACAGGGGGCAGCAGCAGUGAGAGAGGGCAGGCUCAAUCCGCGACCCAUUCCCAAAUCUAGAUGGAACAAGCACUGCCCCAUCACGGGUCUUUCCAGCUGGGGCAGGGUCACAAUUUGCCCUGUGGGUGGAUCUAGGGUAACCCAUUAGCAGGAUCAAAAUGGAGGGGAAGUGUGCAAUAUAGCAGGGACAAGAGCUCCCCAAGGCUGGGGAAGUCUACCUUCCCCAGCUGCGGUGGCUGUGGUCAGCGGAGCCAUUUACGGCCACUCCCAUAGGGCUGGAGGGAGCGAGGCCGCCAUUAAAGAGCAGACGCUGCAGGCAACCACAGCACCCGACAUGGAGGAGUAGAGUCCGGUCUCAGGGCCAGGAGCCACUAAACGGAAGCAGGGGGAGUGUUUCUUGGCCUCAGUGCGGCCAAGGGUGCCUUGGAAACCAGAACGAAGCAAGCUGCCUGGGAGAUUGUGGGGGGAAGAGGGGAGGAGUGGGGGCUGGUCUCCCCACGACAAAGCCAUGACCUUCGCUGGGACGAGUUCAGAGUUAACGCAAACUGUCCUACCUCUCUUCCGCCCCUUACCAAUAAAUCAUCUAUGGAACCUGU